CUUUAAAUAGACCAGUGCAUGGAUAAAGCACCCCCUUUUUUAUCUCCCUCCCCGCUCUGUUACUGCUCACCACUACAACCCGUAGAGUAAUUUAACUUAGGCUGAUACGAGGAUCCACAAUUUACUGCACAUUAGUCUUCCAUUUCAGCAAAGGUCGAUCGAGAUUGCCGUCGUCGUCGCUCGGUCGAUGGGGGGCAGCAUGGAGGAGCAGCUGCACAUGACGGCGGCGGCGAAUAAGAUCGCGGUGCCGUUGAAGAAGCACCACCCGAACCUCCACAUGGCCCACGCUGGCGCGGGCAAGGGCGGCGGGGAGGCGCCGGCGGUGAUGGUGACCACGCCCAAGGCGUCGUCGCAGGCGCCCAAGCACGCGCACCUGCUGGCGAGCCCACGGGCGUGCCUCUGCUCGCCGACGACGCACGCCGGGUCGUUCCGGUGCAGGCUCCACCGCGGCGGCGCCGGCGUCGGCCUCCACGAGAUGGGCAAGAAGAGCAGCCCUGGCGCGUGACGCGCGCGCCCACCCGUCCGCACGUUCUUGUUUCUGUUUUGCUGGAUGGGUGGUGUGCAGUGCAUGGGAAGGGAAAAUAUUUUUUUUCUCUCCUUCUUUUUGGAUCCUCUGUUUGCGUCGACGGGGAACUUCAUCUUGUCAUCUGCAGUCGACGAUUACGAAUGUUGAUCGAUUCUGUGCCUGAUGGAAACCGGCCGCCUGUAUAUAUAACAAAGUGUACAUAACUGCCGGUUCAGAAAUGGGCAAUUGCAGAGUUCUAGAUCAAAA